UUUGAUUUUAGGCAGGGAGUUUACAUGAAAAAAUUCUUUGUCGGAUGCUACUCCCAGCCGAGCGACCAAGAAAGUUAUUAGCUGGAAGUUGGAUUAUUGCAACUAAAAGUACUUGGUCAAGCACCAUGUCCGUCUUCAGGCCCUACUUUGGGAAAAUCCGAACACCACAGGCCGGUGAUAAAGUGUACAAAGAUGAGUGUGCCUUUUCGUUUGAUAACCCAGAGAGCGAGACGGGGUUGUAUGUAUGCAUGAAUACAUUCCUGGGUUUUGGCAAGAAACAUGUGGAGAGGUAUUUCAAGAAAACAGGCAAUAGAGUGUUCCUCCAUCUCAAACGGACACGCAAAGAGGUAGUGACAGAAGAUGCGCCUACAGAGAGCAAGGUGACCAAAUUGGCCAUAGGAGUGGAGGGGGGCUUCCAGACAGAUGAGAAGAAGAUCAAGUUUGAGGAACACAACUCGGUCGUGGUUCUGCCUGGCUGGGAGACCUUCUCCCUUCCUAAUCAAGAUUUGCCAGAGAUAGUUCAGAUGUCGGUACGCGGGUUGCUGGCAGCGGAAGAUGCCUGGAAGAUGGCAGAGGCAGCUGCUAUGGCUGGGACAUGGGAUGGAGAGAAGAGGCUUGUGUCCAAACAUGCAGAGAACCUGCUACAGCUGGACAACAGUGUGAAAGUUCCACCCACAGGCUGGAAGUGUGAGAAAUGUGAGCUGACCACCAACCUCUGGCUCAAUCUCACUGAUGGCUCCAUCUUGUGUGGGCGCAAGUUCUUUGAUGGGACUGGGGGCAAUAACCACGGGGUUGAGCACUACCAGACUACAAGAUAUCCACUGGCUGUGAAGCUGGGAACUAUAACACCAGAUGGUGCAGAUGUGUACUCAUAUGAAGAAGAUGAUAUGGUGGAUGAUCCCUUCCUGGCAAAGCACUUGGCACAUUUUGGCAUCAAUAUCACAUCUAUGCAAAAGACAGAGAAGACGAUGAUAGAGCUGGAGAUAGAUCUGAACCAGAAGGUGGGAGAGUGGGACGUGAUACAGGAGGCGGGCAGCAAGCUCACCCCCAUGUAUGGGCCUGGCUACACGGGACUGCGUAACCUGGGCAACAGCUGCUAUAUGAACUCAGUCAUGCAGGUCGUGUUCACGAUUCCAGAUUUCCAGCAGAGAUAUGUGACUCCAGUAGACGAGAUCUUUGACAAUGCCCCUUUCGAUCCCACAUCAGACUUUACUGUUCAAAUAGCAAAGUUAGGCCAUGGCUUGUUGUCUGGAGAUUAUUCCAAACCACAUGAGGGAGGUGAUGAAAAUGUUCAAGCCCCACCUGGUAUCCGUCCACAGAUGUUCAAGACCCUGAUAGGCCGUGGCCACCAUGAGUUCUCCACUAAACGACAGCAGGAUGCACAGGAGUUCUUCCUUCAUCUUCUCUCUGAACUGGAGAGGUACAACCGUGGCAGGUUCAACCCCAGUGACUGUUUCAAGUUCCGUGUGGAGGAGCGGGUAGAGUGUUCGGUCUCUAAAAAAGUGAAAUACACGGAGAGAUAUGACUUCCUGCUGCCUCUUCCUGUACCCAUGGAGGCAGCUACUAAUAAAGAAGCUGUGUUGGCAUGGGAGGCUAAGAAGAAAGAGAUGGAGAGCUUGAAACGGACCAUAGAUCCCAAGGACAUUGUGCGGCCCCAUAUCCCUAUGCAGUCCUGCCUGGAGAUGUUUGGAGCCACGGAGGUGGUGGAGGGAUUCUACAGCAGUGCUAUCAAUGGCCAUUGUGCUGCCAACAAACAGACUCGGCUGCUCAGCUUCCCAGAUUACCUGGUGGUGCAGCUUAAGAAAUUCACUGUGGGCAAUGACUGGGUACCCAAAAAGCUAGAUAUAUCUCUAGACGUUCUUCAAGACCUUGAUCUCACUCCACUACGGGGACAUGGUAUGCAGCCAGGGGAGGAGAACCUGCCUGAAUCAAUGCCUGCAAACAGUAUGUGCCACAUAGCCAGUGUGAGCCUGGAUGAAGUGAUGGUGUCCCAGCUGGUAGAGACAGGGUUCCCAGUGGAGGUCUGCAAGAAGGCAGUGUUCAAUUCUGGAAAUAACGGCUUGGAGGCCGCCAUGAACUACAUUAUGGAACACAUGGACGACCCAGAUUUCAUGGGGACUCCAUUCGUGCCUCCAGGGUCAGAGAGGUCAGAGUUCAAGGCCAAUGAGGAGGCAGUUGCCAUGGUGAUGUCCAUGGGAUUCACAGCUGCCCAGGCAACCAAGGCCCUCAAAAACACAGAUAACAACCUAGAGAGGGCUGUAGAGUGGAUAUUUAGCCAUGCUGAUGAGUUGGACAAGCCCAUGGAGACUGAGGACCAAUCAGCUGCCCCGGCCCAGCCCCAGUGUAGGGAUGGCAACGGAAAGUACAAGCUAGUAGCAUUCAUCAGCCACAUGGGCGCCUCCACCAUGGUGGGCCACUACGUGUGUCACAUCCUCAAGGAGGGACGCUGGGUGAUCUUCAAUGAUGAGAAGGUAGCACUGUCAGAACACCCGCCCAUGGAUCUUGCCUACCUCUACCUGUACAGGCGUGUCUGACCGAUAGAGAGGCUUAUCUGAGAUCUGAGAGUCGGUAGGGGCGGGGCGGAGAAUUGAGUUUUGGAACAAAGAGUUAUUUGGGUUGAUUGUCUA